AUGGCGGAGCUCACUCACCCUUACUAUCCCCUAGGGGCAAAGAUUGCGGAUUAUUCGCCCAACCAGACACCAGUCCUUGAGCUGCUUUUUUUGGCUGCUGCGGCAUCUAUCGUCCUCCUGGGGGUGACAUUGGCGGUGGUCAGUUAUGUGCGACCGACCCUGCGGAUGGCAGAUCGAAUUGCCAUUUUGUGGUUUGUGCUUUCGGGAAGUCUGCAUUGCUUCUUCGAGGGCUACUUCAUGAUUCACCAUGACCAUAUGGCAUCGGCCCAAGAUCUCUUUGGGCAACUAUGGAAGGAGUAUGCCCUGUCCGACUCUCGAUACAUGACUGCCGACACACUGGUGCUGUGCAUGGAGACGAUGACUGUGUUGAUAUGGGGCCCUCUCUGUUUUGUCGUUGCAUACUUGAUCGCAAAUCGCCAUUCCCUGCGCCACGCCAUCCAGGUCAUCGUCUGCAUGAGCCAUCUCUACGGCGACGCGCUGUACUAUGCAACGAGUCUCUUCGAUGAAUAUGUCCACGGGCGGGCAUACUGCCGACCCGAGCCAUAUUAUUUCUGGGUAUAUUAUUUCUUCAUGAAUUUCAUCUGGAUCGUCGUGCCAUCCUACUAUCUCUUUGACAGCAUCACGACGAUCUCGGCAGCCUUGAAAAAACAUGAGGAGUCCGCUGAAGGCCGUAAAACACAAUAG